GAAGGAAGCUCAGUCGAGUGAGGUCGGAGGCGCAGAUCCGCCGUGUGCGCCGGCGCAUUGUCACCGUUUUACGUAUUUACAAUAUUUAAAUUGACAUCAAAAUAGGUCUAGCCAUGGAUGCGGUGCAAGGCGACGCGCUUGCGGCGAAAAUUAUAACAAUGUGCUGCCUAUUUGGUAUAUCCAUGAUCGUGGGAUGCUUGCCCUUGUUGAUAUCUCUGAAGUUUGACUGGUUCACCAAAUCGGCUGACCCUAAUCUCCGCUCCUCUAAUCAGCUGGUCAUGGGUCUGUUGUCUUUUGGCGGCGGGGUCCUCUUUUCUACGACUUUCAUGCAUCUAUUGCCAGAAGUGGAUGAAAAUAUUCAUCUAUUACAAGAUGCCGGUGACCUCCCAGACAUGCCAUUCUACUUCGCGGGGCUCAUCAUGUGUGGAGGCUUCUUCAUGAUGUACUUAAUAGAGGAACUGGUCCAUGUGUACAUUAACAGUAGACAGAAGAAAGUCGCCGAGACAGACGUGCCGAGGCCUUUCAGCCUGCGGAGGGAGUUUGAAGAGAGCUCAUCUGAAGAACACGUCAUAGAUGUGAAGACUCCUGGGCAUGGCCAUAGCCAUAUGAUGGAUGAUGGAGACGACUCAGUGAUGUCUGCAUUAAGAGGGUUACUAAUUGUCUUGGCUCUGUCGAUACAUGAGCUGUUUGAGGGACUCGCUGUGGGUUUGGAGGCUUCUGUCGGCAAUGUGUGGUACAUGUUCGGCGCCGUUUCAGCUCACAAGUACAUAAUUGCCUUCUGCAUAGGAGUGGAACUGCUGGCGGCCGGGACCAGGCGGUGGCUGUCGCUGGUCUACAUCUUCACUUUCUCAUUCAUGUCCGCUUUAGGUAUCGGAGUGGGAAUCCUGAUGGUAGGAGGUGCAGGAGCUGCAGACGCGGGGAUCUACUCCGUCGUAUUACAGGGUCUGGCUUGCGGCACACUAAUAUACGUGGUAUUCUUCGAAGUAUGGCGGCGGAACAAUUCUGGGCUCAUGCAGUUCACAUGUGCAUUCCUGGGUUUCUCGGUCAUGGUGGCGUUGGGCCUCGGUGUCGAACUCGCUAUAUGAAAAGGAACUUACGAAAUAGAUCAAAUUAUACAGGGUGGAACUUUUUGACCUCAACCCCCAAAAGUUUAUAGGAGAUAACAAUUACUCAACAUACGUUUAUGUAAUAAAAAGAAAAAAAAAUGCAAGCAUUUUUAAGUUCGUUCGUUCGCAAGGAACCGAAUUGGCUUAAAGUGAAAAAAAUAUCAACCUGUAACUUACUUUAUUUGUAAGAGACCACAUUCCUGAUAGACUGUAUAAUAUUUUAAAUUAUAAAAAACAUUUUCAUUUAUGUAUUUAAAAUAUGUAUGUAUGUGAGCUUCUAAAACACUUGUGACUUCAAGUUGUAAUAUAGUGUUGUGCAAUAUUGAUUUUAGAUUUUUAGAGGAAAUGUUUUGUGUAGUAUAUUGUUUUGUUAAUUAAGACAAGAUUUAUAAAAAUAUUUGUAAAUAUAUUUUAAGUUUUUUA